CUUGUCAUGACGAACGAGGACAACGUGUGGAGCGAACUGGCGGGCAUUCCCGCCGAUCCCCCCGAGACGAGGGACAAGUGUCAACAAUGCAGGAGACCCGUGCAGGUGUGCUGGUGCCCGGGCUUGCCAAAGCAGCGUUUCAAUCCGGCGUCGAGGAUAAUUGUUUUGCAGCACCCGGCAGAGGCGAAGCGCUGCCUGCGUACGGUGCCGAUGCUCGCGUUGGCACUGGAGUCGGGAAAGUGCCUGAUCUUCAGGGGAAAGAAGUUUCCGUUGCCUAAGCACGAAGGCCUGGCAGAGAUACUAGACGACAAGAAUACUAUUUUGCUAUAUCCGUCGCCUGGUGCUGUCGCGCUGGACACGCUGGACCCAGUCGGGAUCAACGAACAGAAAGCGUAUAACUUGGUUCUGCUGGAUGGAACGUGGCCGCAAGCGAAAGCGAUAUAUCAUUCGAGCCCGGCCCUGUACUUACUGCGAGCCUGCAAGCUGAUCGGCGUGCCUACUAGUGAGUACGUGAUCAGGACGCAGCCGACGGAGGGCUGUCUCUCGACGCUGGAGACGGGCGCGAGUGCGCUCUCGAUUGUGGAAGGCGAUCCCGAACUGAGGGAGAAGAUGCUGGGUCCACUUCAUUAUUUAUGUAGGUUUCAAUUAGAAAAUGGCGCGGUAACGCACCAGAGCAAGGAGUUCCUUAUCAAACAGAAAGCUUAUCCCAAACUAAUAGGCAAAAGACUCGCCAAACAGUUACGUAUAUUACCGGAUAAUACCUUAUAACAUUAAGAUUAGUAUUGAAAAUAUAUCGGUAUAUUUUAAGAUAUUGAUAAUAGAUGAAAAAAUAAAUAUCUUUCAUGAACUUCUUAUAAAGCGCGUUGAUGUGAAGAUGUAGAGAUACUGUGUAAAAUGAGCACACGAGGGUUUCAAUAAAUUUUCUAUUUAUACUA